GUGAAUGAGAGAGCAUGAAGGAGAAAAUAUUUUUACACGCUGGGUUACAUCGAUGGAUUUCCCUAUAUUGAACCAUCCCGGCAUCCCUGGGAUGGAGGCAGCUUGAUCAUGGUAGAGGAUGUUUUUUUGUGUGUGCUCUCGGAUCUGUUUGUGAAUAUUGAGUAUUUUUGCAUUAAUGUUUAUAAGGUGUGAAGCACCUGUCAUAGUAGCCUAAAUCUACUAGGAGGGAUUAUUUAAAUAAAGAGUUAAGACGGUAUGGAAGUGAGAGAAUAAUUUACUAAUUCAUCCACUAAAAUUACUGAAAUGCUCAUUUACUAAUCAGUCCGUGGUCUUACACUACCAGAUCAUGUUCUUAAGGAAUUUGAGACUGCUAUUCUAUUUCUGUGAAGAAGGUCAUUGGAACUGAAUGGUCUGGUAGUCUCUGCCUUUUAAUUGGAAGAUUGAGAUUAUUAAUUCUGAAAGGUAAAAUAUAUCAAAGAAGAAUGGCUGUAUCCAAUGAAAGCCACCCAAAAGAAUUCAUCCUCCUGGGCUUUGCUAACCACCCUUGGCUGGAACUCCCGCUCUUUGUUACUCUGCUGAUCACGUACCCCAUGGCUUUGAUGGGGAACAUCGCCAUCAUUCUGGUGUCCACCUUGGAUCCUCGUCUCCACAGCCCCAUGUAUUUCUUUCUCACAAAUCUCUCCUUUCUGGACAUGUGCUACACCACAAGCCUUGUGCCUCAGAUGCUGUUUAACCUGGGAAGCUCCAGAAAAACCAUCAGUUACGUUGGAUGUGUUAUCCAACUCUAUGUCUUCCACAUAAUGGGAGGCACGGAAUGUCUGCUUUUGGCUAUCAUGUCCAUUGAUCGCUACGUGGCUAUCUGCAGACCUCUCCACUACACCCUCAUCAUGAGUCAGCGAGUGUGCGUCUUGUCAGUGUCUAUCAUGUGGCUGACUGGAGUGAUCUUCGCUUUUUCGGAGGCUACACUUACAUUACAAUUGCCAUUGUGUGGCCAAUAUAAACUGGAUCACUUAUUGUGUGAAAUCCCCGUUCUCAUAAAAACUGCCUGUGGGGAAAAGGAGUUUAAUGAGCUGGCACUUUCUGUGGUGUGCAUUUUCAUACUGGCUGUUCCUCUGUGCUUAAUUCUUGCUUCUUAUGUUAAUAUUGGUCGUGCAGUACUUAGAAUUAAAUCUUCUGAAGGAAGGAAGAAAGCCUUUGGGACAUGUUCUUCUCAUCUCAUUGUAGUUUCUUUAUUUUAUGGUCCAGCCAUUAGCAUGUACCUUCAGCCUUCUUCCUCCAUCACAAGGGACCAACCCAAGUUCAUGGCUCUCUUUUAUGCAGUGAUAACUCCUACACUGAACCCCUUCAUCUAUACCUUAAGGAACAAGGAUGUAAAGGGUGCCUUAAAAAAGCUACUGAGAAGCAUCUUCAGUUCAAAGUGAAAGUUGUUUGGCAUUAAAACUAAUAAUUUUAUAAUAAUUAUAUUGUAAUAAUUUUAUAUUGAUUUCUCUAAUAAUGGUCAUAUAUUCCAGGUCCACAGAUUACGGCCUUCUUGCCAGGUUUUUCUCAUUUCUAGUAUCAGAGCAUUGUGAGUUUUGUUUAUGAAUUAGGAUGAAGUGUUUGACAUUUAAAUAAAGAAUUUCAUGAUAUAUUAAAAUAUACAAGCAGGCAA